AGAAGAUCGUUGUUUAGUGUCGUCUCUUCCGAUCCAACAAUGCCAAUCUCCGGUGAAUCUCCGUCGCUGAUUCGUUAAUCUUCCUCCGUCUCUCUUGCUUUUCCCUCUCCGAUUCCUUCCGUUUCUCCGUCUGAUUUUCGCUGGAGCGCGCUUGUUAUCGAAAUUUCUCCGGGGUCUCUCUAUAUGACUGAGAUUUGCGAACAUUGUGUCAAAAAUUGAAGAGAUGGUUGAAACGAAAGAGAAAAAGGGUUUUGAUUUAAACGAGUGUGCUUCAAUUGAAGAUUUCAGUGAAUCUGAGCGUGAAACUGAUAGCUUGGUUGAUGAUGUGAUGGAGAGAACUCCGAAAGACGGUAACAUGGAGAAUGUGAUUGAGAUUAAGGAUAAGAAAAAAGGGAAGGUUAAGCCGAUUGAGCGUGAAAUUCUCAUUACGCGGAGGGUUCUUCGCUCAGGCUCUGUGGCAAGGGAUCUGGUAAACAGUGAUAAACAUCAUAAGGCUGUGAAAAAGAAAGGAAAGUGUGCUGAUAAGGGUGACAAGAUGGGUAAAGUUAGUGGCAGAAGUUCUGUUGAUGAGGUUAGAGAAGAAGUGGAACAAGAGCAUUUGAAAUCUCCUGUACAUGAGGAGAUUUGUGGAGAUGAUUUUGGAAAUCAAGUGAAAGUGGAAUCUACGGAUGACAGAUCAGAUGAUGGAAAUGGGAGUUUUGAGCCCCAUGGAAAAGAAGUGAAAGUUCAACGCAAAAGAGGAAGGCCUCGAAAGUUUGGGAUCAGCAGUCAAUCUGAUGAUCACGGCGCAAUCUCAAACUGUAAACUUGGGACAUCUUUAGAUAAGAAGGUAGAACUGGUAAGAGAUGAUAACGAUGUGAAACUUAUUGGCGGAAGCUGCUUUAACAAGGAGAAAGCAGAAGUAAAACUUGAGCACGGGGAAUAUGCUGAAGCUAAAGAGAUUCCUGGACCUGAUUUUAGGAGCCAGGUUAAGAUUGAAACCAAGGAUGAUGAAUGUGGUGGGAGUGUCAAGCCACAUGAUGAAGAGCUGCAAGUUAAACGUAAACGGGGAAGGCCUAGAAAGUUGCAGAUCAGCAGUCAAUCUGAUGAGAAUCGCCCUAACACAAACUGUAAACUUGCGAGAACUCCAGAAUUAAGCAGCCAGUCGAGUGUUGACAGGAUUAGUUUGAGUCUUCGGCGUGGUAGACCCCCAAAGACCAAGGAGACGGCAGUUGGCCUUCACAGAGAAAAGGACAAUGUCAACUGUACGCAUGGGAGCCCCCUAAUAAUUUCUGACCAGAGUAUGAGUGACUCUAUUGAUGAAUCCAGGAGAUCAAAAAGAAACUGCAGGGCUAAGGGACCUGAAUCUGAUGGAAAGAAGAUGGUACUUAAGCGUGGAAGACCUCCAACACCACAGAAAAAGAGGAAAUCGGGGAUGACAGAUGAAUCAGAUUAUAAAGCAAAGAAGAGACUAAAACUUUGUGAGAGUCCCUUGGAGUCACAGAACAACAAUCCCUUAAUUGAUGGCGAAAGGAUGAUUAGGGAACAACAGAAUAAGCAAACUGAAGCUGGAAGACUAUCCAGAUCAAAGUCUAAGAAAAUGCUUAGUGACCGGAUACUGCAGUUACUUCUAGCUGCUGGUUGGACUGUCGAAUAUAGGCCCCGAAAUGGGAGAGCCUAUGAAGAUGCUGUGUAUCUUAAUCCUGAGGGAAAGACUCACUGGUCAGUGACUAAGGCUUAUCAAGUUUACAAAAAACAUUUGGAAAGCAGCAUGAAUGAUCAAAUGAACUCUACCACUGGUUCUGGUUGUGGCUUGCUACCAGAAGAGGACCUUCACCUAUUAGGGAGAAGAAUUCAGAAAAAAAGGAGCGAUACAGGUAAGCAAAGGCCAAAAUUGAAGGACAGAGAUACGAAUGAAAACGUGGUUUCAACAAAGGGAAGGGGAAAACGUACACUACAUGGAAACAAAUUGCUGAAGGGAAAAAUGCAGAAGAAACGAAAAGGGAAUCACGGACACCACAACUUAGAAAGAAUUCCGGUGUCAGUUAGAAAAAUAAAGAGGGAAGAAAAACAUAAUAGAAAGCGUUGUACUCCGUCAGCGCGUAGUUCUUUAGAGGAUGCAGAUGCCAAGGAGGGUGGGUACAUUUUAUUUGAAGGGAAACGCACCAUGCUGGGGUGGAUGAUUGAUUCAACCAUUGUGCCACUUAACGGAAAAGUUCAGUGCAUGGACUGCAAGAAGACAGACAUGCUUCUAGAAGGAAUAAUUACAAAAGAGGGUAUUCGAUGCAACUGCUGCGAUGAAGUGUUCUCUGUUCUUGAUUUCGAGGUUCAUGCUGGAGGGAAGCACAACCAGCCACUCAAAAGUCUGUAUUUAGAGGGUGGGAAUUCUCUCUUGCAGUGCCUCCAUGACUUUAUGAAUAAACAAAGUGAAUCACAACAUAAAGGGUACCAUUUUGUGGACUUUUGUUCUGGAGAUCCAAAUGAUGAUACGUGUGGUAUUUGUGGGGAUGGGGGAGACCUUAUCUGCUGUGAUGGGUGCCCAUCAACAUUCCAUCAGAGCUGCUUGGACAUAAAAAAAUUCCCUUCUGGUGCCUGGUAUUGUUGCAACUGCUCAUGCAAAUUUUGCGAGAAAGUUGAGGCAGAUAUACAUGACACUUCAACUCUACACUCCUUAUCAAGUUGCCGCCUAUGUGAAGAGAAAUAUCACCAAGCAUGCAUCAACCAAGAUGGCACAGUGCCUGGUGAAAGGAGUAUUGAUUCAUUUUGUGGAAAGUAUUGUCAAGAGUUAUUCGAGGAACUUCAGUUACUCAUUGGAGUAAAACACCCACUGCCUGAGGGCUUUUCCUGGUCAUUCAUUCGCCGCUUUGAGCUCCCUAGUGAGGUUGCCGAUUGUGACAUAUCUGAGAGGGUUGCAUAUAAUGCCAAAAUGGCUGUUGCAUUUUCUGUUAUGGAUGAGUGCUUUUCACCUUUGGUUGAUCACAGGAGUGGAGUCAACCUGCUUCAAAACAUUGUUUAUAAUUUUGGGUCGAACUUCCAUCGGCUAAAUUUCAGCAGUUUUCUCACUGCUGUUUUGGAGAGGGGUGAUGAAAUCAUUGCUGUGGCGUCUAUCAGGAUCCACGGCAAUCAACUGGCAGAAAUGCCGUUUAUAGGAACCCGCUAUAUGUACAGGCGUCAAGGGAUGUGUCGUCGACUAAUGGAUGGCAUUGAAUCUGCGCUCGGUUCUCUCAAAGUAGACAAGUUAGUCAUACCAGCAGUGCCAGAACUGAUUGAUACAUGGACUUCAGGCUUUGGCUUUGCGCCUGUUACUGAAUCAGAGAAAAAAAAAAUUAAGAAUCUGAACUUGUUGGUGUUCCCUGGUGUAGACAUGUUGGGGAAAUCAUUGGUGAAGGAGAAGAUCACUGACUCAAUUGUGUCCUCUUCCAAUGGUUUAGUGUUGUUGGCACCUGAGAUGACCUUGCCUGUAGAUGUCGAGGAAAAUAAACCUGAGGAGUCUAAAGACAGUGCACACGAGCGAAAUUGUGCAACUGCUGAUGUUGAAUCCUCUUCUUACCCAGUUGAGAGCUGUUUGAAGUUAACGAAUGUAGAAGAUGGGGAUAAUGAAACAGAGAAUCUGAAGUUAUUUAACCGGUCCGUGGAGGAGAAAGAAGAGAUUAGAAAACUGACAGAUAUAGACAUCAAUUCCCUUCCCGAUGAAGUUGAUGAUUCCCAUGUGGAUCAAACUGAUAUAAAAAGGCACGAAAGUGGUGAUUUAGAAGAUAAGACGCCAUUAUCUGAUGAUGGCUGUGGAGGUAAAGCUGAGGGUACUGAGGAGUCAGAUCAACAACCCGAUUGUAACAUGAUAGAUCAUUCCCAGCCACUUGGUAAUGGUGGUACAGGGGAAGAGAUUGUCAACAAAAACUUAACGCUAAAGAGAGAAGUGACUACCACAUUGCGAGCAUCACCCCGACUGAUUCAAAGAUCGUGGAGAACAUCGCGGGUGAACCAGAAGUACACAGGUACUACUAAUGCCGUAUUGCUCGACUCUCCACACCGUUGUGUCUGAGGCUCAUUGCAUAGACAGAGCUUUUGAUGUUUUGUGCAUAUGACCAGUCUAACGCAUUUUGUCUAAAGAUGAGCAGCUCUUUUGCUAUUUCCGGGUGACAACGGAAAGGCGCAGUUGAAAGAAAAGUAGUCAGAAUUC